GGCCGCCAUACCUGCAAUAUCCAAAUUCUAAGCGACCUGACAUCCUUCGGCUCCUAUGGAGUACAAUUUGCCGGGGAGAUGAGACAUAGUCUGACAGUAGCACACGUUCCUGGACUCGUGUGACCUGAAGGCGUUAGCGCAGGAAUGGUAAGCAAGAUAUAUGUCACCAGGUCCACACUCCCUCUCCAGCACAACCGUCGUCGCAAUGUCCACCCCCCCAGCACCAGCACCAGAACCAGCACCAGCACCCCGCCCCAGCGAGCCCCUCUCCUUCUCAACCGCCCCACCAGCAACCCUCCCCGGACGCAUCUGGUAUGAUGUGCGCGACCUCGGCCGGCUCGCCCGCCACCUCUUCAGCGUAUGGUGGUACGGGCCCUUGUACGACCGCACGCCGGCCGAGCGCGAUGCGUACGCGCGCCAGCAGGCAAGGAGCGCGGAGCCCCAGCCGGCGAGAGCGACGCGUCUCGGCAGCCCUUACGACUCGGGGCCCUCGCUGUGGCUGCGACAGGAUCGCGGCGCACUGUUUUUGGGUGAGGGAUAUGACGCGGUUGAGGACGAUGACGUGCGCGCGCAUGCGGGCGCGGCGUGGGAGUUUGUGGGCGGGGAGGAGGCGGCGGCGGCGUGUUUGCGGUUGGUGAGGUUCCUGGGGACCGACAAAGAGUGUCCGCAAUUCGAAGUGCUUCCCCACGGCGCGCUAGCCGCGUUCGUCACAGCGCACCCGGAGAUUUUCGGCUCCGCGACGCGGGGUCUGCGACUGCGCUGGCUGCUGCAUCUCGCGUCGGCGCUGGCCUUCCUGCACGCUCGCCACGUCGCCCACUGCGCGCUGAAUCUCUCGGUGCUCUGGCUGCGCGAGGACGCCUCGCUCGCUCUCUUCGGCUUGACCCACGCCUUCUUCGAUGGCAAGUUCGGCGAGCUAAUUGACACGCCCUUCUCGCUGCCGUGGCACUGCCUUGGCCCGGAUCCUGACGUCUCGCCCGAGGACUUGUUGGCGCUGGGGCGAUGCGCCGAUAUUUUCAGCUUGGGCUCCCUGGCAUACUACCUGUUGAGCGGCGGGAAAGAGCCUGACUGGGAGAUUCCGGAGCAGCAGCAGCAGCAGCAGCGGGGCUGUCUGGACGACUUACGGGCCCUGCUGCGCAAGUUCGCGCCUGAGCUGCCCGCAGACUUGCCGGCUCGUGCAUUCAUACGCGCCUGCUGGACCCUAGAGUACCAGAGCGGCGGCGAUGCGUUGCGCGCUCUGGUUGCUGCGGUUCAAGAGCUGCGUUUCGAGGUGCAGGGCGAUGACAUUGUCGGCAUGGCGGAUGAGGGUCGUCGCAUGAUGCGGGAUUACCGCCCUCAGCACUUUCUGGGGAACGGGUCUUAUCGUGACUGACGUGGGGGAGAUACAACUGUCGAGGGCUUUCUCCUCGUGUAGGGUGGUGUACCGUGUCUCAUGAGGAAGCAAGCAGCUAAUUUAGCUGGACAAGGUCAAUUUGAGAUAUCCUUCGCGAAACGAACCGAACAUCCACCAGUACCAACUGUAUCUACCCUUAGACGUCAAACCAAGACCUCGCC